AUGGAUCCUAAAGUGCGAAAAAACAUGAAACAUCUUAUCAAGAUGUUCGAAUCGCGCGUUAAUACUGAAGAGGUACAGGAUAACGCAGAAAUUCAAGCAAUAGUGCAAGAAACUCAAGAGGCCUACAAUCUAGCGUUAGGCAACGAGGCUGAGCGGGUGAUUCAGAGCCCGGCUUCCGAGUUCGAGGCUUUGAUCGAGCGUCUGGAGAGCGUCACCUCGCGGUUGGAAUUACUACCGUUGCUGCGCGCACGGUCGCUAACUCCGCCACGCUCGCCUGCGCCAUCACCAGUUUCUGCGCCAACACCACCUCCUGCACCGCCGCAGUUCGAACUAACUGACAACAUGAGUGUUAACGGCUACCAGGACAUUGUACAGGGUCCGCUUCAAGUCUACCUGCAACUGUCACAGAAGAUCGGCGGCGACGUUGCGACUCAUGCCAACCUCGUCAACGCGGCCUUCCAGGCACAACUCCGCUACAUUCAGUUGGCUACAACAAGAAGUAAGCCAUCGCAACCUGAAGAGAUGAAGCUUCUCGCACCUACUAGCGAACAGAUUUCUGCUAUUCAACAGUUCCGAGAGAAGAAUCGCGCUUCAUCUUUAUUCAAUCACUUGUCGGCUAUAUCUGAGAGCAUCCCAGCUCUUGGUUGGGUGGCUGUGGCUCCGACACCUGCUCCCUAUGUUAAGGAAAUGAACGACGCAGGGCAGUUCUAUACGAACCGAGUUCUCAAGGAGUGGAAGGAGAAAGACAAGCAACACGUUGAGUGGUGCCGCGCUUGGGUGCAGCUACUCUCUGACCUCCAAGCUUACGUCAAGCAGUAUCAUACUACUGGACUCGUUUGGUCUGGUACUGGUGCUGGUGCACCUCCUCCACCACCCCCUGGCGGCAUGCCACCACCACCACCGGUUAUGCCCGAGGGCGAUUUCCAGAAUCUGUCGGUUGAUGAUCGUAGCGCGCUAUUCGCACAAAUUAACCAAGGCGAGGGAAUUACUGGUAGUCUCCGUAAGGUGACCCCGGACAUGCAGACACAUAAGAACCCCGGGCUGCGCACCGGCCCGGCACCUUUCAAGGCUCCCGCGGCGUCGACAGUGCCCAGCAAGAAGCUGCCGCAGCCCGGCGCUGGAACUCUGCCUGACAAGCCGCCCGUCUUUGCACGUGACGGCAAAAAGUGGCUUAUUGAGUACCAAAAAGGGAACUCAAACCUCGUAGUGGAGAACGCAGACAUGAACAAUGUAGUGUACAUGUUCCGGUGCCGCGACUCGGCCCUGACGGUGCGCGGCAAGAUCAAUGGAGUCGUGCUCGACUCCUGCACCAAGUGCGCUGUGGUGUUCGACAAUCUCGUCUCCAGCAUCGAGUUUGUUAACUGCCAGUCGGUGCAGAUGCAGGUAUUGGGCAAGGUGCCAACUGUAUCGAUUGAUAAGACAGACGGGUGUCAGAUCUACCUGUCGCCGCAGUCACUCGAUGUGGAGAUUGUCAGCUCAAAAUCCUCUGAGAUGAACGUGCUCGUGCCCAAGGGCAAUGGUGAUUAUGUCGAGCACCCAGUGCCGGAGCAAUUCAAGACGGUACUGAACAAGUCUGGAGGCGGCAUUUCCACCACACCCGUCGAGAGCACGGGCUAG